AUGCACCGGCUGGCCGCCAUGCAGGAGCAAGCUGCUGCUGACACUAGCCCUAGGCGGGAGAGCUCCAGCUGUGUCGACGUGCAUGGCCCCAUCAUCGUCGGUGCGGGGCCGUCCGGCCUCGCCGUCGCGGCCACGCUCCGCCUGCACGAGGUCCCCUUCACCGUCCUCGAGCGCUCCGACGGCAUCGCCGACCUGUGGACGAACCGCACGUACGACCGCCUCCGCCUGCACCUGCCCAAGGUCUUCUGCGAGCUCCCCCACGUCGGCUUCCCGCUCGACUUCCCCACGUACCCGACCAAGCACGACUUCCUCCGCUACCUCGGCUCGUACGCCGCGCGCUUCAACGUGUCACCGCUGUUCGGCCGCACCGUGACAGGCGCGCGGUUCGACGCGGCCACGUCCCACUGGCGGGUGACAGCCGUCUCGGCCGCCGACGGCGAGGCGACGGAGUACGUGUCGCCGUGGCUGGUGGUGGCCAGCGGGGAGAACGCCGAGGUGGUCGUGCCCAAAAUGAAAGGGAGGGAGCGCUUCGCGGGGGAGGUGCUGCACUCCAGCGAGUACAGGAGUGGAGAGAGGUUCAAGGCCACGAAGGUGCUGGUCGUGGGGUGUGGCAACUCCGGGAUGGAGAUGUGCUUGGAUUUGUGUGAGAAUGGUGCAAUGCCGUUCAUGUCGGUCAGGAGCGGGGUGCAUGUUCUACCAAGAGAGAUGUUUGGGACCUCAACAUUUGGUAUAGCCAUGAAACUACUAAAAUGGCUGCCCAUCAAGCUGGUCGAUCGGUUCCUUCUCUUUGUUGCAAAGAUGAUCCUGGGAGACACUGAGAAAUACGGGCUAAGGAGGCCCAAAUUGGGCCCGCUGGAGAUCAAGAACAUCACCGGCAAGAGCCCUGUUCUCGACGUGGGAGCAUGGUCUUUGAUCAAAUCUGGAAACAUCAAGAUUGUGCCAGAGGUGGAGUCAUUCUCCGGCAACGGGGCAAGAUUCGUGGACGGCAAGGAGAUGGCAUUCGAUGCCGUCAUCUUCGCCACCGGCUACAGAAGCAACGUCCCUUCCUGGCUCAAGGACGGUGAGUUGUUCACCGAGGACGGCAAGCCAAAGGCUCAGCACCCAAGCAACUGGAGAGGUCCCAAUGGCCUCUACUGCGUCGGAUUCUCCGGCCGGGGCCUGCUCGGCGCUGGCGCGGACGCGCUGAGGGCCGCCGCGGACAUCGCCGGGAGGUGGCAGGAGCUGGCAGCGGCAGCUGGAGCCAAGAUCUCCUCAGUGUAA